AAAAUUUGUUUAUUUUAUGCUCUGUUCGCAGCAUCCGCCUCCUCGCCCCGAUACCGACGCAUCACUUACAGAGAACGCGCCGGCUGCCUGCUCAUCGAUGGCUUUCGUUUCGUGAUCAGCUAUCAGCAGCGGAAGCGCUGCUAUCUGAAAUGUUCCAAUUUUCGCAGCCAGUGCCGGGCGCGUGCCAUACAGAACAAGGAGACCGGGCAGGUGCAGCUGCGCAAUGGAGUUCACAAUCAUAAUCGUGGGCAGAAAAUGGCCGCGCACAAAGCUACAAAUUGAGCAAGUACACCACGCACACACACACGCACACAAACACACACACACACACAUACACAUACACACUCCAUGUAUAAUAAACCGUAUUGCAAAUGAAA